GUUUGAGAAACCUCCCUAGACCUCUCUUGGUGGCUGGUCCUUCAAGUUCUGGAAGCGCCGAUGCCGAUGGUGGGCUCUUUGCAGUUCCGACGACUCUGCCGCCCAACAGCCGCCACGGGAAGCUGUUCUUGCCGAGCAAAGAAGCGGAGCUGACCUUCCGGCAGCACUUGGACACCAUCAGUAUGCAGUCGGACUUCUUCUUGCCAAAGCCAAGAAAGCUACGGAACAGGCACUUGCGGAAGCCGUUAGUAGUACAGAGAACACUGCUCCCCAGGCCAUCUGGAAAUCCGUCCCAGCAUGUCUGCUCCUUUUCGAUCUUAUCCAACUCAUCCAUUACAGGGAGAGGUUCGUUUCGGCCAAUCCAGUCCUCACUGACCAAGGCUGCUGUUUCUCGUCCGAUCGUGCCCAAAGUUCUUCCAACACAGGCUCCCAACCAUCUGUCUAGUGCUAUCGACUUGGCAGCUAAAAGUGCUGGUAUUAUCCCUGGUAGCCCCGUGCCUGUCCUGGAUGCGGAUGGUUUGUCAGGUGUAUCUCCAUUGUCACCCGACGGAGUGGCCGCGGUGGUGACGGGGCAGGAGUCAGCAGUAGUGCAUCAGAACGGAGGCUCCAUCACCGCCGUGGAGGGCUCGGGCCCCGGCUGUCGCGUUCCCUUCAUCAGUCUGCCAGCACGGCAUGGGCAGGAGGCGGUUCCUGAUGGUUUCCAGGGCACGUCGGUCCUUUCUCUGUCCGAACUGUCCAAGACUCCCCUCCAAAAUGGUCUCUCCACCCCUCCACUUCCCUCGUCAGAAGCUUCUAGUACUCGGCUCUCUCCUCCCAAUGUUUCUGCUCUCCUGGAUAUCUCUCUGCCCGGGCCCCCUGAAGAUGUGCUUUCCCAAGGAGAACCUGCCACUCAAAUCAGUGAUUCCAUCAUUGAAAUAGCUAUCAGCUCUGGUCAAUACAGUGAAGGUGUUGCUCUCUCUCCUGCAAAGCUGAACGGCAGUGACAGCUCCAAAAGUCUUCCGUCCCCUUCCAGUAGUCCUCAGCAGAAUUGGAUUGCCUCUCCUAGCCACGACCCCCAGUGGUACCCCAAUGACUCCACAGACUCGUCUCUCAGCAGCUUGUUUUCAAGUUUCAUCUCCCCCGAGAAGGGACGAAAGAUGUUGCCAACUCCUGUUGGGACUGCCAGUGGCACCUCCUUACUGGGACCCAGCCUUCUGGAUGGAAACUCGCGGGACUCUUUCGUGUCACGGUCUCUGGCAGAUGUAGCAGAGGUGGUGGAUUCUCAGCUGGCUUGCAUGAUGAAUGAGAACAGCAUAGAUUACAUAUCUCGUUUCAAUGACCUUGCCCAGGAACUGUCAAUACCUGAGCCAACCCGCAGGGAAAUUCUGUUUGAUGGAGGAGGUGGUGGUCCCCCAAUUGGGGAUCUCUCCCAGUGAGUGUAGGAGACCAGCAGGCUGGUGUAGACUGUUGAGCUGAAGUUGGAGCUUGCAGCGCUGGAUCAUGGCAAGGGCAGGUUGUAGAGAAACAGCUGAGGCUCAGUUGUCCCUGUCUCCUGUGCUUCUUUCUAAAAAAGAAGCCUUGUCUUCAAAGGUCUGAAGAAGUACUUGCAAGUCCUGGAAUGUGCAAUAUACUGGGAACAACGAAACAUGAAUAGUGUUACAGAAAAUGAUGUGUCUUCUGCAUUACUGAUAGAAGAUGGAGGUUUAUGGGACAGUCCUGGUACUGUACUUUGGAAUGGCCUGCGCAGGAAGCUCAGGCAGGGAAGGGUAUUGCCAGAAGCUCCUGUAUGUGAAUUAGUUUUUGCAUAGUAAUCGAAAUGCCGUGAUUUGGGAUCGACAUUGAAGCUGUGGAAGAUGA